GAGUAUUAUUUAUUAUCCAGACUAAUCAGUUUCUAUAAAACACUAAUUUACCUUCAUUUUGACGUUAACAUUUGUAACAAUCGGAUCGAAACGUCGAUAAUAUAAAAAAAAAAAAAAAUGAUUGAAAAAUAUUUGAUAUUAUUUUUGGGUAUAUUGGUGUUUGGAAAAAUAGAUAUACGUGCUCAAAGAUUACCAACAGCACAAUUAGGCUGGCGACCAAAUAUAUUUAACAAUGAAGAAUGUAGAGAAGAACGACAACCAGUUGUCGAGUAUUAUCAUCAAAAUGGAAUGCAAUAUCUUUUUUUUUCACAACGUGUUACUUGGGAAGAGGCAAAUUUACUUUGUCAAAGUUAUAAUUCAAAAUUGGCAUUACUUGAUACAAUGGAAAAAGCACUUGGUGUUGCAAAAUUAAUUGCUCAAUCAAAUAUAGUGAUGGAAGACACUUGGCUUGGUGGAAGAAGAAUUGACAACAUUUGGCAUUGGAUUGAUAAAAAAACUGGACCAUGGGAAAAAGAAAUAUCAAUGGAAGUUGAUGUUGAAGAUUAUCCACCAUGGAGUCGUCAACCAGUUAGACCAACAAAAGAAUGUUUAGCAAUUGAUAGACGAUCACAUGAACAUCCAAAUUUUAUUGAUCUUGAUUGUCGACUACAAAGACCAUUUAUUUGUGAAAAACGAGAUGAUGAAGAAAUAUCAAGUCCAAUACCAUCAAAAUGGGUACAAAUAAAUAGAAAUACAUAUAUACUUUAUCAUGGAAGAGUAACAUGGCAAGAAGCAGCAACAUUUUGUCGUACACAAGGUGCACGUUUGGCAAUAUUAAAAAAUCCAAUUGUCAUUAAUAUUUUAGCUAAAGGAAUGACUAAAACAAGACCUGAUUUUGAAUCAUUAUGGAUUGGUGCACAUUAUUCAUAUGGACAAUGGGUUUGGAUGGCAACUGGUUCUGUAUUAAAUUCAUUAACAAAUGAAAGUGGUUAUCCACCAUGGAGAUUUGGACGUCCAGAAAAAAAUGAUGGUUGUUUAUUAUUAGAUAGACAUAUUGAAAAUAAUUCAACAUUUGUAGAAACAACAUGUGAUAGAAAAAGAGAUUUUGUUUGUGAAGAAUAUUCUGAUGAUGAUGAGGAUGAUUGGUUAGAUGAACCAGUUAAAUUUUCACAUGAUAAUAGUACUUAUAUUAUUUAUCCAAUUCAUAAAACAUGGCAAGAAAGUCAAGAUUUUUGUCGUGAACGAGGAAGUGUACUUGCUCAUGUUGAUAAUAUUAAUCCAAUUAAUUUAAUAAUUGAAGCAAUGGGUGAUCAUCCAAGAGAAAUAUCACAUGUAUGGCUUGGAGGUAUUUAUUCUAAAAAAAUUGAUCAAUGGAAAUGGAUUCAUAAUAAUAAAAAAAUAACAAAACAACGUGAUGAAUUUGGUUAUCCACCUUGGGCACAAAUUGCUAGUGAAAUGGAAAGUGAUACAACUGAUAAUUCAAUGUGUCUUAAUUUAGAUAGAAGUGAUCAUGUUAAACCACAUUUUUAUGGUCUUGAUUGUAAAAGUCAACAGCCAUUUGUAUGCAAAAUAACUUGUGAGGUACCACCACCAGUUGAUAAUGGCUAUUGGAAUUGCAGUGAUAUUGUUGGUGGACAACAGUGUAUACUUAAUUGCAAUGAAAAUUUAAUUAUAAUGGGAAUGAAAAAUAUAACUUGUACAUAUAAAAAUGGUUGGAUAUCUGGUAAUGAUUUAACUGAAUUUCCAGUUUGUUUAAAAACAAAAGAAUAUACAUCAAGAAUGAUAAGAUCAUUGAGUCAAGAUAUACAAAAAAGUUCUGGAUAUUAUUUAAUUAUUGAUCAUUCAGUUAAUUCAAUGAAAUCAAUGGCACUUGAUUUAACUGAAAGAAUUGUUACUGCUUUUCCAGCUUCAUAUAAUAUGAAAAUUGGUCUUACAACUUAUGUUACUACAUCACCAAUGCAUUUGUCAUUUAAUCAAACCGUCAAAUGUUCAGUUAUAAAUGCAGUUGAAUAUUUGAAAAAAAAUAUAUCACAAAUACCAACUAAAAAAAUUAAUAUUACACAAAUUAAUCAUGAUAUUUCCAAGUACAAUGGUCGAAGAAUAUCAAUAAUUGCAAUGUUGGAUUCAACAAGAGGAUCAUAUUAUAUGGAUGCAUUGUUGCAAUUUAAAUCAAUUGGUCAUCAUGUUAUAAUAAUUGGAACAAGAGAAGAUUCUGAAUUACUUUUACCAGCUGCAACAAUUGGCUACGAGAGAAGAGUCAAUUUAUUUUUAUUCAAAGACAAUGAACUCAAAGAAAUUAUCAAUGAAUUGAAAAAACACGAAAAGAAAAAUCCACAAUGUUUAAAAAAUUCAACGUUUAAUUUGGAGUAUAUAUCUGCAACUGAUGCAACAUCAAGCCAACGAUAUAAACCAAAAAUUACUGAUAAAACAUCAUCAACAUCAGAAACAACAACAGAUACAACAUCAUCAAAAUCAGACACUGAAUCAACAUCAAUAAAACCAAGUGAAGCAACAACUGAAAGUGAGUAUGAAGAUGCACAAAAUGACAACAGUCAAGAAACCAGUUCAUCAAGUGAACCAUCAACAACAACAACAUCAUCAUCUACAACUGAACCAGCUGGAUUACGUGCAUAUCAAGAUCAAACUAAAAAACGUGAAUCACCAGAAUCUGAUGAUGAAAAAUAAUUCAUAAAUAUAUUUACUUUUUCUUCUUACAUUUUUAAAUAAAUUUUAUUUGGCACUUUAUUAGCAUUUUGCAAAAAUAUUAUUCUUAUUAAAUGUACACAAAUAUAUAAUAUCUAUAAAAUAUAAUAUGGCGUGAAAAAAUUCCUUGAUUUAUUGGCAACUUUAAAAGUUACUUGAUAAUAUUAAAUAAUCUAUGAAUAAUAAUAAUACUAGUCAAUAAGACGAUAAAUAAAUUGACAUGAGUCAAAAUUUAGCACCUUGAAUUAUUGCACCAUUAGUAUUUGAUAAAAAAUAAAAAUAUAUUUAAUAUACUUAA